GCUUCGCAUCGCGCAAGUCAAAUCUGCUGCAUACAAACGUUAAGUGAGAGUCGCCACACAAUGGCCAACAACCCGAUCGAGGACGAUGCUCGUGAGCUGCUGAUCCUGGAGCGCCAGCGCACGGCCGCAUUGGAGCUGGAGGUCAAGACACUGCGUGCGUCGCUAGUGGCGCUGGGCGAGUCGACCGAGUUUGAGGAGGAACGCAUGACCAACCGUCUCAUUAAGCGUCUUCAUGACGUCAAGAGCGAGAAGGAGAAGCUGGCGCUCGAAGUGGAGCGGGAGGAGGAGCUACUGACGAACAAUCUGCAGAAGAAACUCAACCAAGUGCGCAAGGAGAAAGUGGAUCUGGAGAACAAGCUGGAGAACGAGCAGGAGUAUAUCGUCAACCGUCUCUCGAAGCAGCUCGAGACUGCGCGCGCCGAGAAGGAGCGACUGCUACAGGAGCUACAGAACGAAGACAAUGGUGUACGUAAGGCGCUAGAGUCGCAGGUGGCUAAGAUCCUGCACGAGAAGGUGCAUCUGGAGAACGAGUUGGAACAGGAGCAGGAGUUUCUGGUGAACCGCCUGCAAAAGCAGCUCUCGGGUCUUAACAGUGAGCGUCGUCGUAUGGAGCGCAAACUGGCGAAGGAAAAUGUGGCGCUCAUCGAUCAGAUGCGGCUAAAGCUCGACGUGCUCAAGCUCGAGUGUGGAGACGACGCCAACGCCUUUGCAGAUGGCGUCAGCAAGAUGCUGGCUAAGGCCAAGGAGCAACAGGCUAAGAAGGCGGCAGAUGUCGUCAAGACAACUAAGGACGACAUCAACAUCCAGACAUGGGCCGCUUCUUCCGGCUUGAAUCCGCAACUGACACCCGAAGGACUUGUUUACCAUCACAUUCGUCGUGGCACGAUGUGA